ACUCGCAGCUGGAGGAAGCAGCUGAGAGGGUAAUAUAGAACAAGCAGGCCCCUAGGCAGGGGAGCCUGGCCAGCUCUCUUUGGGGGUAGAGUGAUAACACAGUGUGUAGAGACAGCCAGAGAAGGCUGCCUGGGGCAAGGGGCUAAGCCUCAGCUGGCAAGGACUGCUGAAAGGUCUAACUAGCUAAGCAGACACCAGGGAGUGAAGGACCUGGGGGUCUCCUUCUCCACAUACUCAGAUGAGUACAAGUCUGUGGCAAGACCAGGACAAACCAGGGUGGAAAAGGCUCAGAUGAAGUCGUCUGAUAUUGACCAGGAAUUAUUCACUGAAAGCUAUUGCAAAGUGUGCAGUGCUCAGCUAAUAUCAGAAUCUCAGCGGGUGGCACAUUAUGAGAGUCGGAAACACGCAAGCAAAGUGAGACUUUACUACAUGCUACAUCCCAUAGACGGAGGCUGCCCGGCCAAGAAGCUCCGAUCAGAAAACGGGAGUGAUGCUGACUCAGUGGACAAGAACAAAUGCUGCACGCUCUGUAACAUGUCCUUCACCUCGGCAGUGGUGGCUGAAUCACAUUACCAAGGCAAAAUCCACGCCAAAAGGUUAAAACUGUUGCUAGGUGAACAGCCAGCACUAAAGGCCACAGAAACCACUCUGAGUUCACUAAAGCAGCCGCAUGCGGAUAGUUCUCCUGUGGUGUCUUCACCUCACCAAAGAAGAGACUCAGACAGGUACUGCCAGCUCUGUGCAGCCUGGUUCAAUAACCCCAUGAUGGCACAACAACAUUAUGAUGGCAAAAAGCACAAAAAGAACGCAGCCAGGGCUGAUUUAUUAGAACAACUAGGGAAGACCUUGGAUCUAGGAGAGUUGAAAGGUCUGAAGCGUAGUUACACUUGUAACAUCUGUAAUGUCACUCUAAACUCAAUAGAACAGUAUCAUGCUCAUCUGAAGGGCUCCAAACAUCAGACCAAGACACAGAGUACAGAUGUGGUGCACAGGGAAUGGCAGGCAGCAGGACAAAAAUAUGGAACCCGACCAACAGAGUAGCAUCGUUUUGUCAGAAAGCAAAAGCAGCUAUUGAGUAGAUUUUAUGACUUUUCUUUAAAAGAAGAAAGGAAAUACCCAGUGUGAGAACUGAGAGCCUUGUGUGGAUUCAGGAAGAAGUUUUUCAAAACUAAAACAAAAGCCAUUGCAUGAGAUUAGGGCUGAAGUGGGGGUCUGGAAUCGGUCACAUAACCCUGUUGAAACGUUCUCUCUCCUUAAACACUGAAAUAUUCUGUAUUUGAGACAAGCCAGGGAACAGCUGUGAGGCCACCUUGCCUGUCCAUCCGCUACUUCAGCCUGAAAGAUUCAUCCUUUCAUGUGAAAAGCAAAUGGACAGCAGUAACCCACUGAGUUGACAUGCCAACAACUUUCAGUCCUUGUACAAAUGCCACCGUCAGUCAAGUUCAAAGGCAUUGAGUUUGGAGCUUCUCUCGUGCACUCACUACAGGAAGGACAUUGAGUCUGUCAUGGGAUCAGAUGUUUCCAAGUGAAUAUGUUUGUUCUGUGAUGUAAAGCAAUUGCCUAUUAGCCAACUUUCCAAGACUUGAAGGGGAUCUGCUCUGCCAAUUUGUAUAAAUUAUUAAAAUAAAAUUAUAAAGGUACAGAGU